AUGGCACUCCAGUGCUGCAACGCAGACCAAGCGGCGCACGCGGGGCCCCAGCUGUCGCUGAAGCUUCAAGCUUGGCGGCGGAACCCGCGUGGAGCUCUUCGCUCCUUGAGUGCUGGAUGGGUGGAGGCUUCCCAAAUUCUUCAGCUGCUUUUGGCAGCCUCCAUUCAGACGAAUGUGUAUCACUUCAAUGCGGUGUUGGGUGCUGUUGCUCGGGCCAAGCGGUGGCCCCGAGCACUUCAGAUGCUGCGCAGCAUGCGCAACCAUCCGGAGACCGCUGCCGACGUGGUGAGCUUGAAUGCUGCCAUCCACGCCGGAGAGAAGGGGAGACUGUGGCAGGUAGCGCAUGCACUGCUUCAAUUGCUGCAAGAACUUGGCGGCGUCCCAAGCAGCAUCAGUUACAACAGCUGCAUCAGCGCAUGCAGCGGAAGAGCUUGGCCCCAUGCCGUUGCUCUCGCAAAUGCCAUGGUCUCCGGUAAUGCCGCCCCUGAUGUGAUUACUUGCAAUGCAGUCGGCAGCGCAUGCAGCGUGGUCGAUUGGAGGCGGUCCGCGGCCUACCUAUCGCGAUUGCACGCUGCAGUGGUCCUGCCCGACGUCAUCAGCCACAAUACAGUUGCCAACUCUUUGGAGAGCAGCCGUUGGAGCUGGGCUUUGGGAAAUCUCCCUCGCAUGCGGCAGUCUGCUUUGCGCCCCAGCUCGGUGUCUUUUGGCACCCUGAUGAAGCUUUGUGAGGACUUGCGUCUGGCGAAGCCCUGGCAAGAAUGCUGA